GUCGUAUUAAGAGGUCCUGUGUAACAACCCAAGCUCGACGCUGGGGGGGGGGGGGACUCGGUGAGCCGGAGUCAUGCCGAGGGCGCGCUGGAGACUUGUAAACUGGAGACUGCGCAUUUAUUUGUGCGCCCGGCCGAAUCAGGAAACCAGGGCACAGCUGCCAAACGACUCCCCGGAUGACUUGCCGGAAACGGGUAUUUGCUAAGAGAGCCCAUCGAUGUGAUAUGCACGAAGUCUGGCCACCCACUCUCCACGCAAGGUCGAAUGCGUGUGGUCCAAAGGCCCAGCAGACAUAUGCGGAACACAAGCCGGUAUGCAAUGUGAUCGCGGAAGGCAGAACAGGCUAAAAUGUGGCAUGAUGAUCAUCUGCAAGAUGCAUCAAAAAGAGAAAGAUGCCCCCAAUAAACGCUGGACCGAGCCAGGGGCUUGUGACAACGCAGGCUGGCAGGCUGGCAAGCUGGCAGGCGAUGGCUGAUACCAAGAAAGCCUCAUGAGAUCCAUUUCCGCCGUCUCUGAGACAACAUGUGGGAUUGCUGGCCCAACAAUGGCAUGCUGAGGGGGUGCCCGUGAAGGGCAGCGAGCCAAUGUUCGAGGCAGUGGGCCUUCUGUGGCUUCGCUUUAUCUCGACGGCGUGGAGGACGGAGGGCAGCUUGAGCCGUCUCUGGCUCACGAGAAACCUGAUUUUGGCGGGCCGCAACGGACAAAAGGCGGGGUGUAGGCCUGCUGGGUGUAUAGGCGGCAAGACAUGGUUCAGGAAGAGCGCAAUGGGCACAUAGCUCGCACAUAGCUCGCACCCGUACGUGCAAGCCCAACGAGGGCAGGGUCUGCCGCCACAGCAGCCGCUGACUCUCACUGAAGAGUCCCUCAGUCCAUCUCUCACUUCUUGCCGAGUACCGCACAGCCGCACUGAAAGGCAGCACGGAUGGCCGCGGGCCAACGAGAGACCACUUUUCUUUCCGUUUUUGUCUGGGCAAGUCGGCGAGGCCCUUAUUACUGUCGCAAAGACCGCAGAGCUUUGUGCAGACACCCAUCUAGCAUUAUAAAGGGAUCGACCAAGACCUGCCCAGGUGGCAGAGAUUGUGCUGUGCGUGUCUCAAAAAAUAUCCCACAAAUCCAAUGGUAGAGACUCGACCCUACAGGGAGGAUCUGACAACAAAGGUGUAUGCUCAUGACUCUUCUUCAUGGCCGGGCCUGGGCUACACUGAUGGGAGAGCAGCGAGGGCCGUCGACUCCAAGUGAACCAGCUCGGAUUGGAUUGGAUUGGCGGAUACGACGGUUGAGAUAAGACUUGUACGGAUGGAUCAUGGAUGGCAGAUGCGACUUGACAGGUUGACAGGUGACAGGUGACAGGAGGUGGAAGGUGACAGGCAGGGGUCGCUCGAGCCAACGGGCAGGGAAGUGUACAGUAGUGCUCGGUACUUGACUGUAGUCUACAAAGGUGCGCUGAUCUUUUUGGACGAAGUCUCGUCUCUCCCGCCCGGCACGGAGAUUUGUGAUCUUCACAAGGGGGCCUCGAAUGGGCUGAACGGUUGUGUCUGUGCCCGCUCCAUCCAACACAACCCAAUCUAUCCAUCUACAAUCUAAUCUCUUGACCACAACUCGGCCAGACGCCACCAUGAUUCUGCUAUGCGACCACCACGACAAGAGACAGACAGCAUCUGGCCCACCUCAGCACGCCAUGCCGGCCGGGACGAGAAUGACCUCCUGGCUUUGGUCCCGCUCGUGGGCUCGUCACACGGUGCAUGUUCCGGAGUUUGUCAUCCCGGAAAGCCGUCCCAUGGCCCCCAUCGACGAAGCCACAUCGUGGUAGGCCGUCGCUGUCCGCUGCAUCCGUCCUGCCCCUCGACAGACACGGACAGAUGCGGAACCCAGGAUCAAUACAGUUGAUCCGACUCGCUUGGCAGCGAGGCUUGUUUGGACUUGUGGGCGCAUGUAUUCGACAAAGAACAAUGGACAAGUGACCAAUCUACAAGAGGCGCGCCUCUCUGGCACUAAGCAUGGCCCAAGCAGAGUCAAGCAGCAGGCAGGCAGGUCAGGAAGAUCAUCCUGCAAGGUCCCAGAUGCAGGGAGACAAGGUUCCCCAGGAACGGCAGGCUCAAGUGCAGCUGGCCGGCGUCCUGCCCUCUCGCGGACUGUCUGUCGAGCAGCACAUAACGGCGACUAGCAUAUACACCACUGCCACUGCCACUACCACCACCACUGUCCGGACGCCUCAAACGGUCGGUGGCUCGAGGCUCAAGGCCGAUCCCAUCAUCUCGCUCGCUCUUUGUCCAUCUUGACGGGGGUUGUGCCGUCCGGUCGUCGGCGUGCGGCUCUGCGAACAAAGAGCCAGCCACUCAGCUACAGCGCCUUCACGGCGUCGCAAACAGGACAUGGAGACUCGGUUGACAGCCCUCGUUCGAGGCCCUGGGACAAGUAGUCGACAUCGAGGACGACGAGCUGAUCACCUGGGCCUCAACGAGUUCGUCCAAGAGCGGCUGCGGCACGGCAGCUCCAAUUACGUCUGAGCAUGCUUGCUUUUCCGUGGUACCCCCAGCUCGACGUCUCUCAACCUGCAUGGUACUUCACGCAGCCUCACUGGCGUCAUGGGCGGCCUAGAGGCUUCAGAAAUCUUCCAAUGGCGAGCAGCCUCACCUCGCACUGUCUGCCUGCCCCAACCGUGGCCAGAUGCCGAGAUCGUCCCUGGAGACUGCGGAAGGCAUUUGGCGAUGGGGCCCGGCCUGUCAAGCUUGGCUACCCACCGCUGUGUCUCAAACUUGAUGGCCGUGAGGCCCGCUCUGGAAGGCGCCAUUACCGUAUAGGCCAAUUUCAUUCCAGUUUCCCACCAUCACGACACUCGCUGUGGGGCAGAUCUACCGGUUCAUGCACCUUGUUUCUUCUCCAGGCGCGACUCUACUUCUCCAUGUCGGCCGGGGGUAUCUGUGUCCCACGCUGUGAGCUGUACUUUGGUUGACAGGCAGGGUACUGUGGGGUGGUCUGGCCGCUCAGAGGUACUGAUCGAGCUGCAAAGGACCACCGAUCUAUCGAUAGACCCUGCCCACGGCCUGCCCAUCUGCUCCCCAAGGGUGCUACAAGUCCCGACUAAAACAGAUGCUUCAUGCAAGCAAUAGGCUGGUGUAGGGAUGUGUAGUGUAUGUUUCGCUCAAACGUCUGGACGAGGCCCCAACCUCGAUUCUCUUUUGGGGCUGGCCCACGUCUGCCGCGUCUUUUUUGGGUGUGCCACCCCUACGUAUUGAGCAUCCACCAGUGGCUAGGGCUUUUCAUUCCAAUGAGCCGCGCAACUCUCUGCGUAUUCUUAUAUCGGACCCGACGACCUCCCUGCUCGAAAAGCCACCGUUCAGUGAAGCUCGACAACCCCUUGGGCCUCGUGUGCCCUUCGACAUAUCAGACUAUAUCAUUCUGGCACUCCUCCAUCACAUCCCUUCUCGACUCCCUCGGCCCGUGAUCCAGCUUACUCACCUCCACUCUUCCGACUUUUGGAAUGACAUCCAGGGGACAGCCCAAUAAGCAAGUUCUCGGCCCAGACAGCUAUACCUCCAGUAACAGCCAGAACAUUCACCUAUUCGAUCAGAACAUGGACGCAGACGACAGCUUCACCUUCGGCUUCAACAGCCAGUCCAUUCCAUACUCUUCAUCCUGCCCUUCAUCAUCUGGGAGUUUCUCCUCGGCCUCUUCGCUAUACGAUGCUCUCACGCCCCCGCCCAGAAACUCAACUCCACAGCACCCCAUGGACUUUGAUAUCGCCUUUGGCGGUGAAUCCAUGAUGUUCGACGAAUUCACACCCUCGCCGCCAUCGUCAUCUGGCUGCUUUCCUUUGGACAUGAAAUCUACAGUGGCUCCCAAUAUGCUUUGUCAUGGUAUGCCAAUGACACCCUCUAGGAGCAACAGCUCGGCGGGGGCAUUCCAGAGCAAUGUGGACUUCACUCCAACACAAAGCAUGGACGCGUACAAUUUCAUGGACCCUCUCAUGAUCCCGACUCCAUCCCCACUGUUUAGUAGCCAUAUGCCGAACUGCGACAUGACAGCAAUCUGGCAGCACCAUGCGGAUGGGAGCCCCAUAACCUUUGAGCGGACUUCCUCGCCGGCGGUGGCCAUGACGACCCCAACACCUGGCCCCUUGGGGAGCUCUCACGGAAACAUCAGGCGGAGAAUCGUCAUGGACGGACCCCAGCAAAAGUCAGCAUUAUUACAACAGAGCCUCCCUAAAACAAAUUCUGGCAAGGGUCGCACUUCCAAGGCCAAGCAGGUGUCAGGGAAGCUUCCUCCACUCCAAGAAGGCUUCAAGGUCUCCAAGGCCCCGGCGAAUAGGCAUCGAUGUGAAUACCCCGAGUGUAACGGCAAGAGCUAUUCCAGGCAGGAACAUUUGAAGAGGCAUUAUAACGAAGCACACUCGGAUAAUCCAGAAACAUGGCGCUGUGAAUUCUGCGAGACUCCCAAAACUUUCGGUAGAUGCGACAAUUUCAGAGACCACCUCAAGCGGCACAUAGAAAAGUCUGCCGGCAGCAGGACGAGGCACGAGAUAGGCGCUGCUAUCUUGCUUGCAGAAAUGCAAAGCAAGAUGAAGAACAAGAAGAAGACUACCACCAGAUCAACGACACCAGGCACGGACGAUGGUAUGAAACCAGUGGACAGCUUUCUAUCAAAGUCUGCGCGAGGCCUGGUCAAAGCCGAAUCCUCCUAGCGAGGGCCCACCAAGCUCAUUCCGCAUCAAGUGGGACGGAAAGGCCUCGAAAUCCAAGGCACGGCAAGACGACUGGUUCUCACACGCAUUACGCUCAUACGUUGGAUUUGCCCACUUCGAAUCUGCAUCCUCGUACCGCCAUACACGCACUCAUAAUACUCCAGGAUGUUUUGUAGUUGGCACGAACUGUUCCGACGGCGCAUAAUUCGCGGCGUCGCCAUCCACCCGGCGCAUAUCUGUCUUUUUUGGAGGUGUUCAGGAGCUGGCGCUCAACAUGUUCACAGCAAUUAUGUACUGAAUAUAUUCUAUCACUUUAGGAGCCUGCUGUGAGUCGCUGUUACUAAAAAGCGUUUGGGGGGGGGGAGGGUGGACCUGGGACAAGUCCCCAAAUGGGAUAGGCGUUGAAAAUGGCCGUUGUGCAAAAGGCCUUGGGAAGGACUGGGAAGGCGGUGGCGAUUGUACAUGUCCUAAACUCUGUCAGAUACCACUGUCCUUGCGCAUCUCUUGCUCAAGAUCGAAUCGCAAAAGUCCAUUUCUCUUGCCCUGUACCCUUUCUUCGCCUUGGUCUCUCUCGCAAUACAGUCUGACAGUCAAGCUAGGCUGCGGACUACGUCUCAGUGUCAAAGUUCUGUCCGCCCUCCUCCCCAGCCAGCAUUCCUCAGCCUAGCUGGGGCCGCGGACACCCCAAGGACGACUCUCUCGUCUCCACUGCCGUUUCUCCUCUCCGAAGGGUGUCCAGCCAUCAGGCCGGACUGACACUUGUUCGGAUCGCUCCCGAGUGAGACAUGGUAGGCACUGUGCGACUGGUGUGAAGGCCGGGUAUGCACCGGAGAUCUGAACUGACAGACUGACAAGAGGCUACCCGAGACUGGCAGCUGGCAGCUGGCAGGGACACUUGGUUCUUGGUGCCGUUAUCAAAGCUCACCAUCGGCCGAUGUGCUGUCGCAGGCCUCCUCCCCCCCCACCCGAGACAAUACUGUGCCUGUCUUCCGUCACCAGAUGCCGCGACGCGUGCUCUUCUCAUCUGACGCGAACUGAGACCUCGUGAACGCGGUCCCCCGGGCGAGACAGCGGCAGACUGUGCUGAGUGAGACCCCCCGGCCCAACCUUGUGCGACCGCUCCAUUCCACUUGGGCACGAACAAAGUCGAAGCCCCCAGGCCCCCAAGCGCCCCCAGCCCUGCCGGCAUUAACAGGAGCCCAUUAGGCCAGAUCGGUGCAUCUCUCCCUCCAUCUUGCCUCCUGUCUGCUCCCCCGCCCCACCCGGUCUGCCGGUCUGCCGGUCGAUGUUCUCCCGUCCUUCCGCACUGACUGGCCUGGGGCGAUAGUCCCAAAACCCCACGCGUCCCAGAUGAGGCUCCUGGCGGGAGGACGCGGUGCGCGUCCUCGCUCUGGAAUGAAUGUCUUUGCCGUUUCGGCUGGUCUGGUUGGGAAAUGGGAUUUCCUGGUCGGGUACGUCAGGAUGAGCCGGGCAGCAUCUCAGUCAGGCUGGCUGGCAGAUGGCCCAGAUUUACGUGGGAGAGGAAUUGGUACUGCAGCAUCUGCAGCCUGCAGCCACUACAUGCCGGUGGGGUGCGACAGACUGGCUGGUGCCUUGCAGGAGAGGCAGAGAGGGUCGUUGACGUGCAGCUAUACCAGAUAUCCUCCGGCCUGGCAGCCUGGCUGGAGUGCCAGCCACAUCCCCUGGCCCAGAACCACCGGAAUUUCCACCAAGUCAAAC